AUGUCUACUGAUCUAGACUUCACCGGAUCAUGGCAAGACGCGCGACUCGGCUCCUUCCGUGAUCUCGGAUCCUCCGGAAGUCUAGUGGACUUUAGGCGCGCGCUUGGUAUUUCGAAGCCUUCGACUCUGUAUUGUUCUUUGGAAGACUUCCCCCUCAUCGAAUCCUCUGUCCGAAUUCCUAAGUCUAACUUAACUCUCUCCACGUCUUCGACCGCUGAGCCUUUAGCUCCAGUCGUCUCUUUACGUCGCGCUCUCGCCGCAAGGCGUCCGUCCGACUUCGCCUCACUCCUCUUCACUCACGCCCAUCUCCUGACAGGUUGGGUAUUGGGCGGUGGACACAGCCCUUUAGCUCCCACUUACGGCCUGGGCGUUGACAACGUCCUUCAAUUCACUCUUGUGACUGCAGACGGAAAGCAUGUCACAGCCAAUUCCUAUACGAACCCAUCGCUUUUCUGGGCUCUCCGAGGCGGCGGAGGUGAGCAAAUAGUCCUCGUCGGGUUGGAAAUGGACCUCCCUUCGCCAGAAAUUGCUCUCGAGCUCCUUACAGAAUACGUCCGUCUUCACCCUAGAGUCAGCGAUUUAGGCUGGGGAGGCUCCAGUCAGAUCGUCCCCAACCACAUCAGAUUCGACUACAUCUCGCCCAAAAAAACCGUCGAAGAGGCCAACGAGACGUUCAAUUCGAUCUUGGAACUUGCACGAGAGCGCAGUAAUGGUACAGCGACGAUUACCUUGACUCCGUACAGCUCUUUCUAUGACUGGUUCGACGAAUGGUUCAUGAAGCGUAACUCAGUUGGUGGGGUGGGUGGCAUGGCUGAGCUCUCGUCGCGACUGCUCUCGCGGGAGGUCGUUGAACGUGAUCCGGCAAAGGUCGCUCGACUGAUGCUGAGUGUGCCAAACCCAUUUGGCGCUCCGUGGGUUGCUGCUGCUGGAGGCGCUGUUUCCAAAGUGGACCCCGAAAGCGUUGCAUUGAAUCCUGCAUGGAGACGCGCUGCAGCUCAACUAUACCUGGCAGAGCCUUUGGCGGAACUCGAUUUAAACGCCAUCGAAGUCGUCCGCCAAAGGCUGAUCAAUGGUACAAGGAUCAUUGACCCAAUAAGCGUCGACUCGGCUGCGUAUUUCAACGAGGCCAUGCUACACAAAGAGGACUUUAAAAAGAGUUUCUUCGGGUCGCAUUACGAUAGGCUUAAAAAGAUCAAGGCAAAGGUCGACCCAGAGAGCCUGUUCCUCGUUCCCCUUGGAGUUGGGUCCGAAGAUUGGGACAAGGACCUCGUUUGUCCAAGGAAGAAUUCUCACUUGCGGUCGUGCUUGGGAUAG